AUGCACAACAUCUGGGCGGUCCCGCUCCAGCUCUCCAACUUCAAUAUCAUAGUUGCCGUGCUGGGCGGUUUCAUCUCCCUCUUUGGUCUUGUAUCGUAUCUUUUGAAGGAAAAUUUUUAUCUCUCUGAAGCUCGUGUUGCAUUGGGUCCAAAUGGAGCACAGUUUAUCCGUCCUCAGGAUUACGCCAGGUGCAACGAAAACGGCGUCUCGGCCAUCGAGUGCCGCGACAAUUUAAAUGCCAUUACGCAAAACUUCUCGCGAUUGGUUCUAGGCGUGCAGCUAGUCCUCGCCGGCGUGCAGCUCCCCAGCAAAUAUCUCAAAAAAGAAUGGAAAUCAGUUCUGCUGCUUGUUGGCCCGGGCAUGACGGCCAUGUGGAUCGCUACGAGUCUGCUCGUCUGGGCCGUUGCCAGGACGCCCAGCUUCCUGCACGCACUCGUCGUUGGUGCAUGUGUAACACCCACUGAUCCCGUGCUCUCUGCCGUCAUUGUUAAGGGCAAAUUCGCGGACAAUAACAUCCCCAAGGAUCUUCAGCACCUCAUCAUUGCCGAAUCUGGCACCAAUGACGGACUCGGCUACCCAUUUCUUUUUUUGCCUUCUACCUCAUCAACAUCCGGUGGGGUCGGUGAUGCCAUUAGCCUCUGGUUUAUCUUCACUUGGGGAUACACAAUCAUCCUUAGUGUCUUGUACGGCGCCGUGGUGGGCUGGGUGGGUAAGGAGCUACUCUAUUGGGCAGAGAAGCGCAAUUACAUCGAUCGUGAGAGCUUUCUAGUCUUUGCUAUUGCCCUCGCUCUGUUCGUCUUGGGUACGUGUGGCCUCUUGGGUACCGACGAUGUCCUCGCCUGCUUCAUUGCAGGCAACACAUUUACGUGGGAUGACUGGUUCCGGCUGCAGACCAAAGAUGACUCCCUUCAGCCAACAAUAGAUAUGCUCCUGAAUGUGGCUAUCUUCUUGUGGUAUGGCGCUUACAUACCUUGGGACCACUUUGCUGUUAAUCCUAUAAUUCCGAUAUGGCGCCUGCUCAUUCUUGGUGCUCUGGUUCUUCUUUUGCGACGUUUGCCCUGGGUAUUAGGAAUGCAUCGGUGGAUUCACCAGAUCAAAGAGGUCAGGCAAGCUAUUUUUGUGGGAUUCUUCGGGCCUAUUGGAGUUUCUGCCAUCUUCUACCUGUUUGUGAGCAUGGAAUUCAUUGAGAAACAUUUGAGUGCCGAGGACGGUGUUCCUCGGAGCGACGUUGAGAGCCUUGGCGAAACAAUUCGGGUUGUUGUCUGGUUCCUCGCAGUCUGUAGCAUUGUUGUUCAUGGACUCAGCAUCCCGCUGGGAAAGAUGGGGUACCUCGCGCCUCGGACUUUUAGUCGGGUUCUGAGCGAAACCCUGAGUGAUGAGCCGCGCUCGGCGGACGCUUUGCGCAGAAUCCCGGUGCUGGGCAAGUAUCUUGUUGAAAGGCCAAGCGAUGUCGAGUCUCGGCGCGCUCAGCGCACAGCCGUUAUAUCGGGCCCGUCUAAUCCUCGUUACCCUCACGCAGAAGCAAGCACGCCGAGUGAUCAUUUAUAG